CCUCGAAGUCUUGCCCUUUCCUUCACAGGUCUCAACUCCUCUACAUUUUGUUCUUAUUUCCGAAUUCCGACUACGGUUCUCUACUCAAGUGGAGCCCAGGGCCUCAAAUCUUGAACCCUCCUUUCCUCUCGCUGCUUUCUCUGAUUCUCUCCUCCUGGUUAAAGUACGAAUUGACAAACCCUAGAGUGAGAAAUGGGUCAGAUCCAAUAUUCUGAGAAGUAUUUCGAUGAUACUUAUGAGUAUAGGCAUGUGGUUCUACCUCCUGAAGUGGCCAAACUUCUUCCCAAGAAUCGUCUUCUUUCUGAAAAUGAGUGGCGUGCAAUUGGAGUUCAGCAGAGCCGUGGUUGGGUUCAUUAUGCAAUUCAUCGUCCUGAGCCACACAUAAUGCUCUUCAGGAGGCCGCUGAACUAUCAGCAACAGCUGGAAAACCAGGCUCAGCAAAACAUGCUUGCCAAGUGAUCCACCUUCGGUUAAAAUCUGAAAACAGGUCUAAAAAUUAUCUGUAUUUUAGAGUUUGAUCGAGGAUGCGUUGUAAAACCUAGCACAAUGGUGGACCUCUGUAGUGGUUGAGAUGGGUUUCAAUUAGCAUAUGAACCGUGUUCUAAAAACACGAGUUCUCUCAUUUCUGAGACUCGUUAUGUACCAUUGGUGGACUAACCUGCUGUGUUCAAUGGAUACAUACUUCACUGUCA